CAGCAACCGCCAGAGCCCAGCUGGCGAUGCCUGCGGCACCGAAGAAGGCGAAGCCUGCGACAAGCACGGCAGGCUGGGUGCGUCGGCGAUCGAGUGUCGCCCCGACGGGGGCGGUUUGCGAGCUGCACCGGCUACCAGCGUCACCAUGUGUCGCAUGAGCGAGCUGUGGCUGCCUGGCGGCUACACAGGGGUCGACGUGCUCUUCGUGAUCUCCGGGUACGCCGUCACAGAGGCCAUGGGCUUCCUCUUCCCUGGCGUCGUUCUCCCCGUCGCCAGCGCCGUCUGUUUCCUCGACGCGGGGGAGAGCGGCGAAAGCUUCCUGGAUCACAGCGUGUUAGGCGGCACGGUGGCAGUGUACAUCGGGAAGGCCGCCUUUCGCGAAGCUGAGCGGGCCGCGUCGUACGCCCGCAACCUCUCAGGCCGCCCCGAGGACCUCUCGCGGCUGCACGCAGAGGUGGCGGCGCUCGCGUGGCACUUGCAGGAGCUCCGCAGGGACCAGGCGCAGCAACACACCGACGCGGACUCAUUCCACGUGCACUCGAUAGGGCUGGUGCUGACAGGCCGCAUCGCCACCUUCCAUUACGGGGGCGGCCGCGGCAUUUGGCACGAGCGGGUCUUGAUCUGGCCCGCAGACGCCCAACUGUCUCCCACGCGAUGGGCGAUUGUGACACCCGAUGGCGACGUGUACGGGGAGGAGAUCGCCAGCGAGGCCGAGUUGCUCGACAUGGUUCGCACCGCGAGGCGCGAGGCACGGGCGGCUGGCCUCAGUGUGUCGCAGCCCCCGUACUUCGUGCAGAGCGGAGACGUCCUCGGCGGCGCCUCCACGGUCAGCUUCGGUGAGGUGCCAGGCUUCUACCGCCGCCUGGGCUGCAAGGGUCCCGCUGCCCGGCUGUGGGCCCUGGUGACGGCCCCAGCGCCCCUGCCACCGCCGGUGGCCGCGCCACCAGGCCUGGGCGAGAACGCCGGGGACGGGGAGCCUCUGGACGUUGGGGGGGCCGCCGCGCCCGUGCCAGACCCUGCAGGCGCCCGCGUGCUCGUGAGCGCGGAGCGGGGCGACGAGAUCUCGCUGGCUCCAGGCGACAUCAUCUGGUGCGAGAGCGGUCCACGCAGCACGCCGUGUGGCUUCGUCGUGUCGAUGGAGCUGGUGCCGACGCCGAUCGGGGCGCAUCGUGCUGGCGACGAGGAAGAUGACGCGCGUCUGCUGGGCCCUCGGAUGCGGAGUCGCGACGGUCGUCGCGAUCGAGACUCUCGAGAUUCGGUCGGCCAGAUGCGCCGGGACGUCCUCGAUGACUUCCCCUUGUCGGGCGGGCGCAGCUGCGCGUGGCUGUGCGAGCACAUCCUGGAGCAUGGGGGUACUCCUGACGGCCGCCAAACCAAGUGGAUGAGUGAGAGCGGCUGCACCAAGGAGCUGAAGAUCUCCCGCGGCGUCUCCAUCGCGCUGAGCUCGCAGAUGGACGCCCCGUGGUCCUCCAUGGUGAUCGUGGCUGGGGAAAGAGGCGACGGGCGCCCAGCGAGCUGGGCGGCGCCGACGGCGCCAGCCGUGCCCGCGAGCGUGCUGACGGAUAACGUGCGCGCGCCGCCGACUGGCGAGCGCUGGCUGCGCGGGGCCGCCAGCUGCGGCCCCGCCGCGGCGCUAGCGACCGCCCGCAGGUAUGCGCGGCGCCGCCUGGAGGCUGGAGAGGAGACGCGGGGCGCCGGCCGCCAGCUCUCCAUCGCGGAGGCCGCCGCCGCGGGGAAGCGCAGCCGCCGCCGGUGCCGCGGCGCGCGGGAGCAGUUCCUGGCAGCCACCAAGCUGGGGGCGCUGGGAGUGGCCGCGCCCAUGCUGGACGCCUCUGCGGCGAGGUUCUUCGACGAGCUGUGCCUGGAUGCCGCGGCCGUCGCGGACGCACCGCCCGCUGCCUUGGGCGGCCUGCGCGGGCGUGGCUCGGCGGCUGUGGCAGCUCAGUGGCAAGGUGGAGAUGCCUCUCUGUUGGUUGCUGAUGGUGGGCACUUACAGGUGAAGCGGACCUUCGACAGCGCAGCGGUCUCCCUCGGACACGAGGGCCUGCGCCCCGCGCCGUGCAUGGCGCGGCGCAGCGGGGCCUUGAUCGACGGGCUCACGGGGCGGAUCUCGCUGCUGGAGGUCCAGCGCCGCGGCGAGUGGAGGCAGCCCGCGCCCGCGCGCCUCUGCGAGAAGCGCGGCCUGACCCAGUUGACGAGGGAAAUCGAAUUCUACAG